AUGCAUCCUUUACUCUUCCUGGCUGGCCUUUGCUUGGGGGUAGCCUCAGCUGCUCCACAGCUCUAUCAGAGCUUAGAUGCACGAUGGUCCCAGUGGAAGGCAACACAUGGGAAACUAUAUGGCAUGAAUGAUGAAGUAUGGAGGAGAGCAGUGUGGGAGAGGAAUAUGAAAAUGAUUGAACAGCACAAUCGGGAACACAGUCAAGGGAAACACACCUUCACAAUGGCAAUGAAUGCCUUUGGUGACAUGACCAAUGAAGAAUUCAGGCAGGUGAUGAAUGGCCUUAAAAUCCAGAAGCGCAAGAAGUGGAAAGUGUUCCAAGCACCUUUCUUUGUUGAGAUCCCCUCAUCUGUGGACUGGAGAGAGAAAGGCUAUGUAACUCCUGUGAAGGAUCAGGGUUAUUGUCUUUGUUGUUGGGCUUUUAGUGCAACUGGUGCCCUUGAAGGACAGAUGUUCCGGAAAACUGGCAAACUUGUUUCACUGAGUGAGCAGAACCUGGUGGACUGCUCUCAGACUGAAGGCAAUGAGGGCUACAGUGGCGGCCUAAUUGAUGAUGCUUUCCAGUAUGUUAAGGACAACGGUGGCCUGGACUCAGAGGAAUCCUAUCCAUAUCAUGCACAGGGAGACUCCUGCAAAUACAGGCCUGAGAACUCUGUUGCCAAUGUCACUGACUACUGGGACAUCCCUAGUAAGGAGAAUGAACUUAUGAUCACAUUGGCAGCUGUGGGGCCCAUCUCUGCUGCUAUAGAUGCAAGCCUGGAUACCUUCCGCUUCUAUAAAGAAGCUGGGGUACAGACUGGGGCAUGGAUGGCUACAUAAAGAUGGCCAAAGACCGGGACAACCAUUGUGGAAUCGCCUCUUUGGCCAGCUUUCCUACUGUGUGAGAUGAUGGUGGGAAGAAGACCUUGAUUGGCAACAAAACAUCCAGAAAAUGAAUUUUAAAGCUGACCACACUUUAUUAUGUGGGAUAAAACACUUGAACCUUUGAGGAUACAAGUUGUGAUUUGAUUCUGUGGUAUUUUAUACUGGUAAAAUGUUACUACUUUGCUUAUUACUGCCGUAAACAGCUUUGUAUGAUUGACUCGUCUAAUAUGUUGAAAUUUUAUUGUUUUAAAAGGAUGUAUGAAGUUUUACCUUUUAAAAUAAAGCAAUUAAAAUUUU